AUGGCUGAAGAAUUAAAGGAAAAACGUGAACUAGAAGUGGAGGAAGAUAACACAAAGAAAGAUAACUCUGACAAGAAAUCUAAAGUCAAGAGAAGAAGAAGAAAUUAUGACGAUUUAGAUGCAGAGGUCACCAAAGAUGAAAAAUCUAGAAAGACUAAAAGUGGGAAGUCUGGUAAAAAUGGUUCUGAUUCCGAAUCUGAGGUAGAUGAUGCCAAAUUAGACACUAUGAUUAGUUUAGAAGAUGAACAAGAAGAUGAUUUAGCUGAAAUUGACACUUCAAAUAUCAUCGUCACUGGUAGAAGAACUCGUGGUAAGAUUAUUGAUUACAAGAAGGCGGCAGAAGAAUUAGCAGCUGAAGGUAAAAUAAGUCUCGAUGAAGAUGAAGAUGAAGAUGAUGAAGAUGCAAAGGAAGAUGAUGGAGAGUUUGAUGAAUAG